CUAUUUCUCUCUCCUUCCUCUAUCUCCCUCCCUCGAAACUUCCAUCCUAUCUCAUGUGAUCCUUCCCGAUUGUCGGUGGAGCAUUGUCAGAGCUGGCAGGAGAACCCGGUGGCUACUGUGGCAUGACGAGGAAGGAAAAGCGGAAGGCGAUUCGGGAGCGUGAAGAGGAGGCCAAGAUCGAGGAGAGGGAAAGGAAGGCGUUCGAGGUUGGAGGCCGCCGCCAUGCGAAAAGCCACGGAGAAGGAGGAGGAUGCCCGGAGAGGCGCUCUCGGAGACGAAGAUGUCGACACCAUUCAUGGGCCAUGGCGAGGAUGUCAAUGAGGGCGAGGUCGUUGGGGACAACGACAGUGGCACGAUAGCCGUCGACGGCGGUGAGCUGGAGCCCACCUCAUCCUUCUACACCACGAUGAGCGGGAAGCUAGAAGCUCUCGGAGAUCUCUAGGGAUGGCUGGUGCUUGGGGGUAGUCAAGAGAGAUGGAGAGAAUGCUGCAUCGCAAGGAGGAGGAAGAGGCCAUGUCGCAGAGAGAGAGAGGAGUAGGAGAGCCUCUGGUUGGAGGCUGCCACCACCAUGCGGAAGGCUGCGGAGGAGGAGGAGAUGGCCUGAAGGGAGAACUGGAGAAGCUUCUCGAAGUCGAAGAGAGGCUCUUGAUAAAAAACAGAAAAACAAGGGGUAACGUGGCGUGUUAUUCACCAUGGGAUUUGGCGCGGUCCGUGUGCAUAUGGUAAGAUGGAUUUCGGGCUACUAUCGGACCCGAUUUCGGGUUCGGAUCGGACCAAAGAUAUACCCAAACUUAAUCUGAAAGGUAAAUGGGCUCUAUGUUUAGACCCGAACUCAAUCUAAACUGUUUCGAGUCUAAUCUGAAGUCCAAACCGAAAUCGAUUCGACCCGAUGGGCCUCAAGCCGGCUUGUGCCCAAUUCCAGCCCUACCACUGGCAAAAUCCGGUCUGUCUCUCUCUCCCUCAAAUGAUAAGGAGGACCCAUUAACAAAAGCUCUCGUGGACCUCAUGGAUCCACCAAAAAGCCUGUGAAAGUUCCACAGGUGGGCUUCUUGAUUGGUCGUGCUGCCAGUCCUUGGGUUAUUGAGAGGAUGUUUUCGUUGACGUGUAGCCAGAGAGGUGCAGAUCUGAUCGCUUGCGGCGGCAAUGGGAGGUCGCGGCGGAGGUCGGUUUGGAGGCGCAGUGGUGGUGUUCGCUGCCAGGUCCCAUCCACACAGAAUGUGGAUGUUCCGAGUUUGGGGCCGCCUGUGGGUAUCAAGCCGUUGGUAUCUGGUAAUGGACCCAUUCAGAUGUCUUCUUUGCUGGAAGCGGUUUCCAAAGAUCUGCAACAGCUAAACAACAAUUUAAAAUCAAUUAUUGGAUCAGAAAAUCCAGUUCUAGUAUCUGCAGCAGAACAGAUAUUUGGUGCUGGUGGAAGGAGGUUGAGGCCAGCCCUUGUUUUCCUGGUGUCAAGGGCCACUGUUCAAAUUGCAGGUUUAAAGGAACUAACUGCACAACAUCAAUGCUUAGCAGAGAUUAUUGAGAUGAUUUAUACAGCAAGUUUAAUACAUGAUGAUGUCAUAGAUGAAAGUGGGACACGAAAAGGGAAGGAAACGAUUCAUCAACUAUAUGGGAUGCGGGUAGGAGUACUAGCAGGAGACUUCAUGUUUGCACAAUCUUCUUGGUACCUUGCAAAUCUUGAAAACAUUGAAGUUAUAAAACUCAUAAGCCAAGUUAUCAAGGAUUUUGCUAAUGGUGAAAUAAAGCAACAUUCAAGCCUUUUCAACUGCGACCUUACACUGAAAGAGUAUUUGCUUAAGAGCUACUACAAGACUGCAUCUUUGAUUGCAGCAAGUGCAAAGGCCGCUGCCAUUUUUAGUGGUGUCAGCAGCAGCAUCUGUGAACAGAUGUAUGAAUAUGGAAAGAACCUAGGUCUAUCAUUUCAGGUUGUUGAUGACAUUCUUGACUUCACCCAAUCAGCAGAGCAACUUGGCAAGCCAGCUGGUAGCGACCUGGUGAAAGGAAACCUGACCGCCCCUGUGAUUUUUGCAUUGGAGGAGCCAAAGUUACGAGAGAUCAUCUACUCCGAGUUCGGUGAAGAUGGUUCACUAGACACCGCAAUGCAAUUGGUUAAAGAGUGUGGAGGGAUCAAAAGAGCUCAAGAUCUAGCUAGAGAAAAGGGUGACUUGGCAAUCCAAAAUCUUCGGUGCCUCCAUCAAUGUGAGUUCAGAUCUUCACUUGAGGGGAUGGUGAAAUAUAAUCUUGAAAGGGUUGAGUAGAAUUAUGUUGUUGAUUGAAGUAGAGCCACUCAUUUGACUCCAUUGGGAAAGAAAAGGGAGCAAUGAUAAAGCAACACAUUAGAUUCAUAGUGCCGAAAAUUGAUUUAAUCAUUUAUUUUAAGGCUACAUUACUAAUACAUAUGAGGUGUUUGAUCACUCAUUCAAAACCUACUGUAACAUUGUAUUCAUAGCCUGGAUAUUUAGCAUGCUAAAAUGUAAUAUUUUUUUUUGAAUAAAAUUUAAAGUUCAUUUCAUAUGAUUUUAGCCAGUGUUUAGGUGUUUCUGUUAUACGAGAAUUUAUAUUACAUCUAGACCAAUAAUUGUGAUUCAUCAAAAGGCCAAUAAAUCAAUAAUGUAAGUUGAAACUUCAGAUAACGAGGAUAUAGGCCGAUAUGCUAAGAGUGUGGGCCAAUACACUAAAGGUGUAGGCCACAUAAUUAGUGUGUAGGCCGAAAGAAUGAAAGCUAUCAGCUAAGAUGAGACUGUUAAUGGAGUAGAGUCUGAGAAUGAUGGUCCUUCAAUGACGUAUGAUGAAUAGGUGUACUAUCCAAAAAGUGAGAAGAGCAGUAUAGCACCACUUAUCAUAUAUGGUAGUUAUGGGUUCUGUGGCAUACUAUAGCAAAGAUAUUUUUCAAAAUCAAGGAGUGGCACCCAUCUUCCCACUAUUCAUGAUGUGGGAGGUAAGACAGUAUUACUUUUCAUGUAUGGUAAUAGUGGAUCAUGUGGCACUUAAUAGUAAAGACAUGUG